GUUGACUCUAUAGAUAUAGGAAAAACCCUGAGAUCUAAAGGUUCUCAGGUAGAUGUCAUAGUCUCUGACUGCAUACAUCUAUAAUUGAAGAAUACUAAUAAUAAUAAUCCGCCGCGUAGAUAGUAGGAGUAUCAGUAUCCCCUUCAGGACGUUCCGUCCGGAGAAUAUCGGAUCUUGGAGGGAUCCUCCACACCGUAAAUGAGCAAUCACACGACGUACAAGCUCUGGAUCAUCUUCCUCCAACACAACAUCUGCCGUUGUAGCUUCAAGGCAAUGUGGAUAAAAUUUCUUAAAUUGACACAAAACCGACUAGACGCGCGCUUGGCGUCUGUCCGAAGCGGGAGGCAGCCGCGACUCGCGGCCCACCUAAAUUGGUAUGUAACCAAUCCCUCUGGGCUCUUGGAUAUCUCUCCAGCUUUCCUCCAACACCAAAUCAUCCCCGGUCGUUUGUCUCUAUACAUUGCUGUCCCUUCUUGAAGUCAAACGCUCCCUUGAUAUAUCAUUUUAUCCAGUUACCGUGACGCUCGUUCUCAAAUAUGGCUUCCGGAUACGACAGAGCGCUUUCAGUUUUUAGUCCCGAUGGCCACGUUUUCCAGGUAGAAUAUGCUCUCGAAGCUGUUAAGAGAGGAACCUGUGCAGUCGGCGUAAAAGGCAAAGAUAUCGUUGUCCUAGGUUGCGAAAAACGCUCCGCAAUGAAACUACAGGAUACCCGCAUCACACCCUCUAAGCUCUGCAUGCUGGACAACCACGUCUGCCUCGCUUUUGCAGGCCUCAAUGCCGAUGCCAGAAUCCUAGUUGACAAGGCCAGACUAGAAGCCCAGUCCCACCGCCUUACCGUCGAAGACCCUGUUACCAUCGAAUAUAUUACCAAGUACGUUGCUGGGGUGCAGCAGCGGUAUACUCAGAGCGGUGGUGUGCGGCCUUUUGGCAUUAGUACGUUGAUUGUGGGCUUUGACCAUGGCGAUAAUGUUCCGCGUCUAUACCAGACGGAGCCAUCAGGGAUUUAUUCGGCGUGGAAAGCAAACGCAAUCGGCCGCUCGAGCAAGACUGUGCGGGAAUUCCUAGAAAGGCAUCACAAGGAUGAUAUGGACAGGGAAGCGACGAUUCAGCUGACAAUCAAGUCGCUGUUGGAGGUCGUGCAGACGGGGGCUAAAAAUAUCGAAAUUGCCAUCAUGGCGCCCGGGAAGGCUAUGGAACUGCUGCCUAGUGAUCAGAUUGAGGCUUAUGUCAAGAGCAUAGAGGCUGAGAAGCAGGAGGAGGCUGCUAAGAAGAAAACCGGUCGAACUCCGGGGACAGGGACUGCUGCUAUAUUAACCCGGGGCGCAGGAGAGGCAUCGGAAAGCUGAGCUGGGUGUUUAAUGUCUUUUAUUUAGCUAUUUAUUGGCCGUAAUGGAUGAAUUGUGUCCUUUUUUUUCUUUAUCAGCCAUGGAUUUUGCGUCACCUAGGAUUUCUAUGUUUUUAUGCCUACCCAAUAACCGUCUAAAAAUCCCUAAUUUCAAUCUCGUGUGGUAUAAUUGCAUUUACAAAAUAGAAAUAGAAGAAAAGGGAAAAGAAAAGAAAGAAAAAAAAAAAGGCAAUAAGAAAUUAGGGAAAUAAUGUAUGGUCAUAUCGUCAUGAAACCUCUACGGCACGCCCACGUGCUACACAACAUCACAUCAGUCUAAUCCACCAUCCAAUAUCCCAUCUUAUCCAAGCCGAUUAGGCGCAUCCUUAACAUUGAAGAUUGUCCGCUCCUCCUCUUGCCGCACUCGUUCAUCCUUCAGCAUUCUAAUUAAUUGGGAAAAUUCCAGCCGUUAGCCAUAUAUAAUGUACACUACAUAUUUAUACCAGAAAACCAAGAUAUGUAAAUUGGAAGAUAGAUGAAACACCUACCUAGAAUCAACCCGGGCAUCCUCUCCCUCGAUCUUCAAGGCUGGUUUGGGCGUGAGGGCCUCAAGGACGAAGUGGUUAUCGCAGUGUGGGCAGUAUUCGUCACUUAUGCCAAUCAAUAAAUAGGAAUAAAGUU